AUGGGGCUACGCACCUCAAAACUAAAUGCAGCCAAAGGAGAGGGUGUCCCAGCAAAAGUCAUCCCCAAAGUUGUUGCCAAAUUUGAGGACUUCAAAAAACAGAGGAAUGCAGAAAGCACCCUCUCCAAGAAGGAGCUAUUAAAGCAUGACGAUGCAGAGGAUUCGAAUUCUCAAUCUUCGCCUGAAAAUGAUUCGGGACAUAAGGUCUCUUCUUCACAAGAGAUUCAAAAACCCAGAGAGGAAAUGGUGACGAAAGUAACAGCCGCAGAAAAACUUUCCAGAGUGGCUCCGGUGCCAAACUCUGAAGGUAGAAUUAUGGAGGAGAAUCACCCCAACAAAGAUAACACGGAGCAGGUUAACAGAGACAUGGAUUCCUACCAAGAUAAAUUGAAUCAUGUUGUUACGAUGGUUGUGGCAGAGGUCAAAGCAGAGGAGGAAAAGAGUGCAAAGCCAGAAGGAGAGCCGAGGAAGGAAAAAGAUGAACAAUUGGGUGCAAAAGGUGAUGAUGAUAGUGAUGAUGAAGAUAGGCUUAUACGUCCUGGAUCACCUAGUUUCAGAAUUUAUUGCAUUGAGUCCGAGAAAAUAAAGGAGAGUGAAUGUAAUUGUCCACCCAUUGUCAAGUACAGAAAAACGCGCAGCGUAGAUUUUGUUCAAACAGUUGCAUCAACAAAUUCAAACAAGGUAUGUCGGAAAUCAGAAUCAACACCGAAGAGAAAAGGAAAUAAGAAGAAAUUUGGUUCGGUGAAGAGUCUACUGAAGGUUAGGUCGUGCUAUCACCCAAGGUGUAUGUGUAAUGGUGAUGACAGAAGCUUUGUUCCUGCAAAAACAACAAAUCGAUGA